AGUAGAACUCAAACAGUACUGACACGAGUGGGCGUAGAUAUCAAUGUCUGAAGUAGAUAGAUACACUUCGGCUCUUCUUAUCUCAUAGGGCAAAACGAAAACACCAUACUUUCUCCUUCACUCUCCUCCAUCCCACUUUCAUUUGCCCCCCCCCUCCCCUUCCUUUUCAUUAUCGAAUCCGUUAUAGCUAGCUAAUCUCUCCUCCACCCUCGCUUUCCAGUAUACCACUUAAGUCUUCUUUUUUUUGUCUCAUAAAAUUGAAAAUCAUUGAAUGGCGUCAACGCCACCGCACUGUUCAAUCACAGCUUCAACAAAGUCCUACAAGAACCGUCAAUACCCAAAAAAUCAUUUCAAAAACCACCAGAAUAACCACCGGAAUCAUCCUCUUCCCCGAAAGUUUUCCCUUUCCAACCCCCUUCCUUCACCUUGCAAUGCAGCGAAACACACCGCCGCCGCAGCAUCCGCCUCCACCGUCCGCGCUCCCCUCUCGCAGGUCUCCACCCCUUUCCCUUCCCUCGAUCCCGAUUUCUCUGGCCGCCGGUCGACUCGGUUUGUCUCAAAAAUGCACUUGGGCCGUCCCAAAACCAGUAUCAACACCCGCCACACCUCUAUAGCUGAAGAAGUCCUUCAACUCGCCUUACAUAACGCUCUAGCUGGCCUUGAAAGCAUUCUCGUCUCCUUCGAAUCUAAGCUUAGCGGCUCCGAUGACUACACUUUCUUGCUUCGAGAGCUUGGAAACAGAAGUGAGUAUGAAAAAGCCAUUAAAUGUUUUAACUUCGCGGUUAGAAGGGAGACCAGGAGAACUGAGCAAGGGAAACUAGCUACUGCCAUGAUUAGUAUUCUUGGUAGAUUAGGAAAAGUGGAACUUGCCAGGGGCGUCUUCCAUACUGCUUUAAAUGAGGGUUAUGGAAAGACUGUUUAUGCUUUCUCUGCUCUAAUUAGUGCUUUCGGAAGAAGUGGGUAUUGUGAUGAGGCCUUAAAGGUUUUCGAUUCCAUGAAAAACUAUGGGUUGAAGCCUAAUCUAGUUAUUUAUAAUGCUGUGAUUGAUGCUUGUGGGAAAGGAGGAUUGGAGUUUAAAAGAGUCGUGGAGAUUUUUGAUGAGAUGUUAAGGAGCGGUGUGCAGCCAGAUCGAAUCACUUUUAAUUCCUUGCUUGCGGUUUGUAGUAGAGGGGGUUUAUGGGAGGCUGCUAGUAAUUUGUUUAGUGAGAUGGUUGAUAGAGGGAUUGAUCGAGAUAUUUUCACUUAUAAUACAUUUUUGGAUGCAGUUUGUAAAGGUGGACAAAUGGAUUUGGCUUUUGAGAUUAUGGCAGAAAUGCCUGCUAAAAACAUUUUCCCUAAUGUUAUUACCUAUAGUACCAUGGUUGAUGGGUAUGCAAAGGCUGGUAGAUUUGAUGAUGCACUCAAUUUGUUCAAUGAAAUGAAAUUUUUGGGUAUUGGUUUGGAUAGAGUUUCAUAUAAUACUUUACUUUCUAUUUAUGCAAAGCUUGGUAGGUUUGAGGAGGCUCUAGAUAUUUGCAGGGAGAUGGAGGAUUCAGGGAUGAGGAGAGAUGUUGUUACUUACAAUGCACUUUUGGGUGGAUACGGAAAACAAGGAAAGUAUGAUGAAGUUAGAGCACUGUUUGAUGAAAUGAAAGCUCAAAAGGUGUCACCUAAUUUAUUAACUUACUCCACAGUGAUUGAUGUGUAUUCGAAGGGUGGUUUGUAUGACGAGGCUAUGGAUGUUUUUAGGGAGUUUAAGCGGGCAGGAUUGAAGGCUGAUGUUGUACUAUACAGUGCAUUAAUCGAUGCUUUAUGCAAGAAUGGGUUGGUGGAAUAUGCUGUAUCCUUGCUUGAUGAGAUGACAAAGGAAGGGAUUAGGCCUAAUGUUGUUACAUACAAUUCUAUCAUUGAUGCUUUUGGUCGGUCUGCAACUUCAGAACAUGUGUUUGAUGCUGGUGGGAUCCGUGAGUCACUAGCUGACUCUUCUUCUUCAUUGGUCAUCAAGCAAUGUAUUCAUGGCAGGGCAGUAGAUAGGGAGGAUAACCGGAUUGUAAAAAUUUUUGGGCAGCUGGCCGCUGAAAAAGGAGGCCAAGCAAAGAAGGAUUUUGGUGGCAAGCGGGAAAUCCUGUGCAUCUUGGGAAUUUUUCAGAAGAUGCAUGAGCUAGAAAUUAGACCAAAUGUUGUCACCUUCUCAGCCAUCCUAAACGCAUGCAGUCGCUGUGAUUCCUUUGAGGAUGCUUCAAUGUUGUUGGAAGAGCUCCGGUUGUUUGAUAAUCAGGUCUAUGGUGUUGCCUAUGGUCUUCUUAUGGGCUAUAGGGAGAAUGUUUGGAUCCAAGCUCAAUCCCUAUUUGAUGAAGUGAAGUUGAUGGACUCUUCAACUGCUUCUGCCUUUUAUAAUGCUCUGACUGACAUGCUGUGGCACUUUGGUCAGAAACGGGGAGCCCAGCUGGUUGUGCUUGAAGGAAAACGCCGGCAAGUGUGGGACAAUGUAUGGUCUAAUUCUUGCUUAGAUUUGCAUCUUAUGUCCUCUGGUGCGGCUAGAGCAAUGGUGCAUUCAUGGUUGUUAAACAUACAUUCUACUGUUUUUGAAGGUCAUGAAUUGCCGAAGCUGUUAAGCAUUUUGACAGGUUGGGGCAAACAUAGCAAAGUAGUCGGUGAUGGUGCACUAAGGCGAGCUGUUGAGGCACUCCUUACUGGCAUGGGUGCACCCUUUCAGCUUGCCAAGUGUAACUUAGGUAGAUUCGUCUCGACAGGUCCUGUAGUUACAGCCUGGUUAAGAGAAUCUGGCACCAAAAACUUGCUUGUUCUUCAUGAUAAUAGAACACAGCCUGAAAACACAAGGUUUGAAGAAAUCUCAAAUUUACAGACACUUACUUUAUAGUAGUAUGUAUAAUAUAAUGAACCCUUUAUUUAAAACUUAAAAAAGAGUUUUCCUCAUGUAAAUUUUACAAAUUAUCGAAGAAUUGACGUUCGUGUCUC